CAAACAUUUUAUGAAUGUUAUUUUUUUAGUGGAUAAAAUAUAAACAAUGGAACAAAUUCCAUCAUUGGAAACAGUCACGCAAGCGCUGCAAGCUCUUUAUAAUAAUCCCGAUGUGGUGGGAAAAGAGAAGGCGUCCGUUUGGCUCGGUGAACUCCAGAAGUCGGUAUUUGCCUGGCAGAUUGCAGAUCAACUUCUCCGACUGAAUCAAAGUCUGGAGUCAUGUUACUUUGCUGCUCAGACAAUGCGUACCAAGAUCCAGUAUGCCUUCCACGAACUGCCCCAGACGUCUCACCAGUCGCUUCGAGAUUCUCUUUUGGAACAUGCAGGAAAAAUUAACCCUGAUACACCUCCAGUGAUAAUUACACAGUUGAGUCUUGCCCUUGCUGACCUGGCAUUACAGAUGGCGACGUGGCACGGAGCGGUGGGAGAUCUCUUACAGAAGUUCGGUACCAACACUCAACACCUGCAGUUUCUGCUGGAAGUUCUCACAGUGUUGCCAGAAGAGAUCAAUAGUCGAUCAUUGCGGCUUGGUGCUAACCGACGUCUCGAAGUGACAGAAGAGUUAAAACAAGCCUGUCCUGUUGUUUUACAGCUGCUGGAGGCGUGUCUAGAAACGUGUGAUGGCAAUGAUCGCGUUCAAGCGAAGGUCUUCCGAGUUCUGGCUAGCUGGUUCAGUGUCGCAGUCAUACCACAGGAGCACAUCGUCAACACAAAACUCAUGCAGGCUCCCAUUCAGGCACUGGCAAGUCGAGAAUGUCCCUCUCAACUACACGAGACGGCGUCAGAUUGUAUAUGUGCUGCGCUCUACUGUGCAGAGGAUUUAGAAAAACAGCAACUGUUGGCUCAAAUCCUCUUUGAUGGAGUACAGACUCUGCCGGACUCUUACCACUGGUCUGUUGCUGACGAGGAUUCAGAUAAAUCAGUUAAUUAUUGUAGAGUUUUUACGGAGAUGGCUGAAUCAUUUUUGGAUGAAAUUAUGAAAACCCCAAACCAGGGUUUGGGUUCAUUUACAACUAUGGAACUUCUGCUAACCUGUGUAGGUCAUUAUUUGUAUGAGGUGGCUGAAAUUACAUUUAAUUUCUGGUACCGGUUAUCGGAAGACCUGUACCAGCGAAACUCGAAAGACUUGAAUGAGAUCUACCGGCCGUACAUCCAGCGCCUCAUCGUGGCGCUGUGUCAGCACUGCCAGAUGGACCCAGACCAUGACGGUGUCCCAGAUGAGACGGGAGACUUUGGAGAGUUCAGACUGCGAGUAUCUGAACUGAUCAAGGAUGUCGUGUUUAUAGUCGGGUCAUCCCACUGCUUCUCUCAGAUGUUUGAUAAUCUUAAAAGUCAGUCGUCUGUGACCUCGUGGGAAACAUCGGAGGCAUCGCUCUUCAUCAUGAGCGCCGUCGCCAAAAACAUUCUACCUGAGGAAAAUGAGAUUGUCCCUCAAGUCCUGGAGGCCAUUCUAACACUUCCCGACACAGCGCACAUAGCCGUGCGCUUCACGAGUAUCCACCUCAUCGGGGAGCUGUGCGAGUGGAUUGAGAGACACCCUCAGUUCUUAGACCCAGUCCUGCAGUUUCUGCUGAAUGGACUCCAACACGCAUCUCUAGCGUCGGCGGCCGCCAACUCGCUCCAGAACAUCUCCACUCAGUGUCGUGAUCACAUGACCGAGCACUUCGAGGGCCUCGUCCACAUUGUGCAGGCGAUGGACACGUUCAACCUGUCGGGGGACGCCGCCAUUGGCCUGUUGAAGGCCCGAGUUAUCGCUGGCCCGCCUCCUCCUUGCUGUCAGGCUGCUGUGUGCUGUGUCCUCCCUGCUCCUCUCGCCAACACUGUAAACACUCCGCAAGCUCUGACCACCUGUCAUCGGCUGGCUGCCGCCUUCAACCCAGAGCGUACACUCAUUUCACGCUGGUUUACACUGUGUACCCUUCAUCUCACACUGCAAGGAUUCGAACCUACUGCUCUGAUUCACAUGGCAUCUGGCAGUCCAGCAGUAGGUGAGUUUCAUCUCAUGCCCACUCACAGUCCAGCAGUAGGUGAGCCUCAUCUCAUGCCCACUCACAGUCCAGCAGUAGGUGAGCCUCAUCUCAUGCCAACUCACAGUCACUCACAGUCCAGCAGUAGGUGA